AUGCAGGCCUUAAGAAACAUCUUGAAACUCCGAUCCCUGCGACCAAAUCCCUCUCCCAAGUCUAUGCUGGUCAGACGGCAGCUCUCUAUUGAAUUUCGAGGAAAUCCGAUCUCGAAAGAAGACCUUUUCAAAUACACGAAUGGACGAUUUCUUGCUGCCGAAGAAAUCCAAUUUUCAAAGCGUUAUGUUCGUUUCAAUAUUGACCGAUUAUGUGACGUGAUUACAAGCCUAUCCGGAUCUGAAAGAGCCCCAGUUUCGAAGAUUGAAAAGCUGGAGGGCGGUUUUAGCAAAGCGCUCCUUAUGACAACGGAGGGUGGAUGUGAGUACAUUGCCAAGAUCCCUUGCCCUAAUGCAGGGAGACCUAUGUACUGCACGGAGUCGGAGGUUGCUGUGCUAAACUUCAUACGAACCUAUACGACAAUUCCCGUUCCCAAGGUUCUCGCCUGGAGCUCCGAUGUGACGAAUGCUGUGGGCGCAGAAUACAUCGUCAUGGAAAGAGUUCCCAGCGUGCAGAUUUUUAAGAAAUGGGAUGAAACGGGCGAGAGCAAUCGCAUCUCUCUAAUUAAGCGUCUCACACAAUGGGAACGUGAACUCUCUGAAAUCCAGUUUCCGGCAUACGGCAACCUAUAUUAUAAGAAUUCUUUGAGCGAUCCUGAGAUGAUACCAUUGGAGCCAUCCAUAGACCCGAAAGGUGAAUUUUGUAUUGGUCCUUCUUGUGAUCCCUCCUGGCUCAUUGGACCUGGAGAUCAGCUUCUGUCAGGCGUCCGUUGUGGCCCUUGGAGAACGCUUGGCGAUAUGGGCGAGUCUCUUAUUGACCGCUCACUCUCUAGAGCCGGCCAGGACCCCAACACACAGCUACCAGCUUCUCUGUACGGUUCUUCGGAGGAUCAUAUCUCUCUUCUUCACAUGACGAAAGAAGCUAUGCCAACCGUGGCAAAUAAUUCUAAGCUUUUGGAAAAGUCUCAACCGAUACUAUGGCAUAGCGAUCUCCACAUGGGCAAUAUAUUUGUCUCUGAGGAUGACUCUGGAAAGGUGACUGGCUUCAUUGAUUGGCAGAAUACUUCGAUCAGCCCUUUGUUUCUACAAGUUCGAUGGCCCGUCUUCCUAAAUCCACCCGAGGACUAUCAAGAGGGCCUUGUAAUGCCUGGACUUCCCUCUGGCUUUGAGGAUAUGGACGAUGAAGAAAAGGAACUCGCGUUGUACAGCAAAGCGAAGGCUACUUGGACGAAGGCGUACGAAGUUGCAAGCUACUUGAACAACAGGAAAGCUUGGCAAGGAAUGCAAGUACCGUCGCCGCUAAAGGAGAUAUUCCGUCGUUGUGGCGAGACUUGGGAUGAGGGUCUAGUGCCUCUCCGGGAGACAUUGAUUGAAAUCUUUCUCAACCAGAAAGAUUUAGGGUUCCCAUCGGGAAUUCCGCCGGUCCAUUUUACUGACGAACAAAUUGCACGGCACAAGCAGGAAUUCUUGAUUUACCAAGAAUGGCACGAAAUGCGCAAAUUCGUGAAGGAGAUGCUUGAUACUGAUGAUGAAGGCUGGAUUCCCCCGGAGCGGGACCUGGGUGAGAUGAAGUCCCGGAACAAAAUGUUAUUUGAGUACUACAUUUCAAAGAUGGCCCCAGGGAAACCCCCUAACGAAGUUAAAAACAUAUGGCCAUUCCCCCUGGAUACAUAG